CUUUUUCCUGAUAGUUGCAUCCACCACAUGGAACAAGAGAACAACACCAGAAUUUCAGAAUUUUUCCUUCUGGGAUUUUCAGAGGAUCCAGAACUUCAGUCCCUCAUAUAUGGACUUUUCCUCUCCAUGUACCUGACCACCAUGCUUGGGAACCUGCUCAUCAUCCUGGCCAUCAUCUCCGACUCCCACAUGCACACACCCAUGUACUUCUUCCUCUCCAACCUCUCCUUUGUAGACAUCUGUUUCACCUCCACCACUGUGCCCAAAAUGCUGGUGAGCAUCCAGACACAGAGCAAGGCCAUUACCUAUACGGGCUGUAUUACUCAGAUAUAUUUUUUCUUGAUCUUCGCAGAGUUGGACAAUUUCCUUCUGGCUGUGAUGGCCUAUGACCGCUUUGUUGCCAUCUGUUAUCCCCUGCACUACAUGGUCAUCAUGAACCCCUGGCUCUGUGGCUUCCUCGUCCUGGGGUCCUGGCUUGUGAGUGUCCUGCAUGCCUUAUUGCAAAGCUUAAUGGCUUUGCAACUGUCUUUCUGUGCUGAUUUAGAAAUCCCACACUUCUUCUGUGAACUCAAUCAAGUGGCCCAAAUUGCCUGUUCUGAGAGCUUUCUUAAUGACCUUGUGAUGUAUUUUGCACCUGUGCUAUUGGCUGCUGGUUCCCUCACUGGCAUCCUUUACUCUUACUCAAAGAUAGUUUCCUCCAUCCAUGGAAUGUCAUCAGUUCAGGGGAAGAAUAAAGCAUUUUCCACCUGUGUGUCUCACCUCUCAGUUGUCUCUUUAUUUUAUGGCACAGGCCUGGGGGUGUACAUUAGUUCUGCCACAGCCCAUAGCUCACACUCAAGUGCAGUAGUUUCAGUGAUGUACACUGUGGUCACCCCCAUGCUGAACCCCUUCAUCUACAGUCUGAGAAAUAAAGAUGUAAAGAGAGCUCUGACAAGACUCUUCGGAAUGAAACUGUAA